UACGGAGCAGGAUGGAAGGAUUUCAAACCUUAUACAAACCUAUGGAUACUCCAAACAUUACAUAAAGAAUAUCUGAAUACAUCUAAGUCAAUCAGUUAUUUCAAAAAUCAAAAUUUAAUUGCCCAAGUCAGUUACAGUUUACAUUUCGAAAGAAAGUGAGUUAGUUUGCCAAAAAUCUUGAACAGAAACAAGUGAGUCUGUAAGUUAAAAACUGAAGUUUCUCGAAGUGAGUUAAAAAGUACUAAAUUAAUCCAGUUCUAAAGAAUGGGUGGAUUAUCAGUUCAGUGUCUAAGUUUAGUGAUUUUGAAUGUCUGCUGUGUGUUUGCUGUAAAAAAUCUGGGAAGUUGGAUGUCAAUCGGCUUACAAGGAUACAGUGUUAUUGAUCAACCAGAGCAGUUUCGAGAACAGUACAGUACAUACUCAAACAUUGAUGGAAAUCAUAAUAUCUGUAAGAGGAUAAAAGGUCUAUCCUCAGGACAAGAGAAGCUAUGUACACUGUACACAGAUCAUAUGCUACAUGUAGGGAGAGGCGCAAGGUCAGGGAUCGGAGAAUGCCAAUAUCAGUUCCGUAAUCAAAGAUGGAAUUGUUCAACGGUAGAUGAUACAACUGUCUUUGGUCCAGUUCUCUCUAUACCUUCUAAAGAGGCAGCUUUUGCACAUGCUGUAGCGAGUGCUGGAGUUGUCCACAGUGUAUCAAGAGGAUGCAGGGACGGUCAGCUGGCAAGCUGUGGGUGUGCUAACGCUAACCGGCCCCAGGACCUGAAAUCUGAAUGGAUCUGGGGAGGCUGCGGGGAUAAUAUUCAGUAUGGUUACAAGUUUGCGCAGAACUUUAUUGAUAUUCGUGAGCGGGAAAGUAACGAGAUUCCAGGAACUAUCAACCAUGGCAGGCAACUAAUGAAUCUUCAUAAUAACGAGGCUGGAAGAAGGGCUGUUAUCUCUAACAUGAAAGUGACCUGCAAGUGCCACGGAGUAAGUGGGUCCUGUUCACUUAUUACUUGCUGGCAACAACUUGCACCGUUCAGGGUUGUAGGGGAUUAUCUGAGAGAAAAGUACUCUGAUGCUGCCAAGGUUAAACCGACAAGGAAAGGUCGUCUUCGUCUUCACAAGAGCAACGCCAAGGUUCCAACAGCCAAUGAUCUGAUCUUCAUCAAACCAUCUCCGGACUACUGUCAUAGAAACCAUACGAUUGGAUCCUUAGGUACGACUGGGCGUGUCUGUAAUGCCGAGAGUGCGGGUGUGGAUGGAUGUAAAACAAUGUGCUGCAACCGAGGAUACACCACUGUUAAAACAAGAGUGAAGGAGCGAUGUAAGUGUAAGUUCCACUGGUGUUGUUAUGUAGAGUGCCAGACCUGUACAAAACCUGUAGUACUAACUGUAUGUAAAUAAAUCUUAUUGUACAAUAAGUACAUGUUUCUUUUAA